CUCUCUGGUGCUGGACUUGUACUCGCCUCACUCUAAACUCUCCGCUUUUUCACGAGGACUGCUGCUGCUGGCUCAACCCGACAGAUAGAGACAGAGGCGCACACGCUUUUCUGUCCGCUGUUGUCGCGAUUUUACUUUUACUAUUUUGACUGGUCUGACUUUGGGGCGCUUUUUACGCGCUCUCUACCAAGGAAUGUUUUUAGAAAUUCGUUCUACUCAUCGUUGAGAAAGCAGGCAAAGACUCAAGCUUCAAAGCAAAAUGGAUGUGGUAGGUUUGCGGCGAUUGUCUGCGAAUAGUUGUAGUUUUCCUAUCGAAGAAAACGAACCAAAAACCGCGAGCCAGCUGUCCGUCACGAAGCGCCAAGCCGUGAAGAGGCACCACCAUAAACACAACCUGAAACACAGGUACGAGUUUCUGGAGACGCUUGGAAAAGGCACCUACGGCAAAGUAAAGAAGGCGAAGGAUCGUUCGGGUAAACUGGUUGCUAUAAAAUCCAUCAGAAAAGAGAAAAUUAAAGAUGAGCAAGAUCUUGUCCACAUCCGCAGAGAAAUUGAAAUCAUGUCAUCUUUGUGUCAUCCCCAUAUCAUCACCAUUUAUGAAGUCUUUGAAAACAAGGACAAAAUUGUGAUUGUGAUGGAGUAUGCCAGUCGAGGAGAUCUCUACGAUUACAUUUGUGAUAAAAGAAACCUCUCAGAACGUGAGGCGAGACACUUUUUCAGACAAAUAGUGUCAGCUGUCCACUACUGUCAUCAGAAUGGGAUUGUUCACCGGGACCUGAAGUUAGAGAAUAUUUUACUAGAUGGAAAUGGCAAUGUCAAGAUUGCAGAUUUUGGCCUGUCAAACCUGUUUCACUGUGAUGAGUACCUCCAGACGUUCUGUGGGAGCCCUCUCUACGCCUCUCCUGAGAUUGUGAAUGGACGUCCCUACAGAGGUCCUGAAGUGGACACCUGGUCCCUGGGAGUGCUGUUGUACACACUAGUCCAUGGCUCAAUGCCAUUUGAUGGAUACAAUCAUAAAACACUCGUUCAACAGAUCAGCUCUGGAAAUUAUAGAAGCCCAAAGAAACCAUCUGAUGCAUGUGGGCUGAUUCGCUGGAUGUUGAUGGUAAAUCCUGAGCGCAGAGCAACUAUAGAGGAGAUUGCAGGGCACUGGUGGCUGAACUGGGGUUACCAGCAGCCAUUACUGUCAGAGACAAAGCCCAGCCCAGUGGAGCAGACUCCAGGAUCUCCCACCAAAGCACACACCAACAGUUUGGCUAGUGUUGCUAACUGGCUCAGGCGAACAUCCAGACCGCUCCUUGAGAAUGGGUCAAAAGUCAGAUGUUUGCUGCGCUCACAAGGAGGAGGUGAAGUGAUAAGGCAACGCUCCUUAAGGAGGUCACGCAAAGAAAACAAUGUAUCCCAGGGCAUUCAUGAAGGAAGCUCUGACAGCCGUCCCUUUAAGAGCAUCCUGAAAAGAAGGAACAGUGUUAAACAGAAGGGUGUGAGUGAGGCUCCCGUGGUAGUGCCUGUGGAGCCUCAAACAGUGUUGAGUUUAGCUGUAAAUGAUGUUCCUUCAGCUGCUCCUCGUAAAGGUAUUCUGAAGAAGCCCACGGAGCAAGAGUCCGGGUACUACUCUUCCUCACCUGAAAACAGUGACUCUGGCUGGGUGCCCCCGCCUCAGGAGUGCCCCUCUGAGCCCACUCACAGAAAAGGCAUCCUAAAGCGUAAUGGGAAGUACUCUUCUGGGGGACUGUCAGAGUUUGGAUCACUGGACCAGUUGGCUGCAUCUCUGCCUCGAGGAGUGUCUCGCCUCAAACCCAGCGGGGCCAUCAGCGAGGACAGUAUUUUGUCUUCAGAGUCCUUCGAUCAGUUGGACCUGCCAGACCGCAUGGGCCCCUCGGCACCUCUGAACAAACCAGUGAAGAGUAGUAUGAGAGGCUGUGUGUCAGCAGACAACCUGCUGGACAUUCACGAGCACAGAGUGCUUACAGACGGAUUACAGCGGCCCUGGACCUGCUACGAGGCAGGAGUGGCUGACAGCGCCUUCUCCAUCACAGACUGUGAUAAUGUGACUGAGGCCUACAAACAGGCCAUGGUGCUGCGCAGCACAGCCACAGGUCAGUGACCAGGAGGACAUGGAGGACACCCUGAGGCGAAUGUGCAUUUCACCAAAUGGACGCGAUGUUAGUAACUGCACAGAAACAAAAAUGUGGGCAGAAGUCUAAUUAAAUGUACUGGUAAUCCAUGCUGGAUAUUUAAAAGUCAGAUUUAAAGAAUGAUAAAUGUUUUAUUAUUUUGUAUCAAUCGAUUGUGGUUUUAUAGAGGCCUUGAUGUGUCUGUCAAAGCCUCUUAUUUUCAGGGCUAGUCCUCAAAUGUAUUACUAAAGCAAAUGAUGCCAAAAAGAUUUUUAUUCAAACCCGUCCCAUCAGUUUUUGUUCCUAAAUGGUAUAAGUGGCGCUUCUACUGAAGCAAAGGAAAAAGGAAAUGGCUGCAGCUUUGGAUGUUACCUUUUCUGCUUCUAUCAUGUUGACAAAAGGUACAUUUCUUGCCUUCCAAAGAGCAUGUUGCUAAUGUUUUUAUAAAUUAAAGGAGCUGGUUGUUAUUUGAAUGAGAAUCUCUAGGUGAAUUCAGGGUUGUUUUUCUGAGUUGACCUGAGUUAAGGAGUGACCCGUCUAACUGGUUCAUAAUAACUGUUGAUGACACACAUUAAGUGCUCAUUUUAAUUGUUCAUUAUGUGAGUAUAAAUACUCUUUAAUUGUACUAUAUUAGUGCCUUUGUUGACCCUUUUAUAAUGGCUCAAACAUAAUGACCAAAGACGUAUUUCCCCAGACAGUGAAUUAAAAUGGAGAAAAAAUAAAACAUUUUGUCAGUUGCUAUUGUCAUUCUGAGCAAAAUGAAUGAACAUUAGACGCACUGUGAAGGUCAUUUUAAAUCCUGUUCAUUUCUUUACUUAUGAGCUAUUUUCUGCAUUAGACUGGAAAUUUCUUUGUUUUAGAGAAAUUUAUGUGACUGGGCUUUUUUGUACAUUGACAGUUUGUACAGUUAAAAGUAUUGAACCUGUGCCAAUGGGCUGUAUUUUUCAUUAUGGUCCAGUCUGUACUGCUGACAUGAAAAUGGGAGAAACAAUAAACAAAAUUAAUGAGCUUA